GAGAGAGGGAGAGACUGAGAGAGUAAAUUAUAAGUGGGAAAAAACCCAUGAACGCAUCGCCCUCGCCCUCGCCCUCGCCCUCGCCCUCCUCGUCGCGCUUCCUCCUCUUCGUCUCCUUCUUCGUCGUCGUCUUCUUCCUCGCGCUCCCGGUGACCUCGAUCUCGGCUCCAAUGGCGGACGAGCACGCGAAGCUUCCCCCGGAGGAGGCGGAGGCGGAGGAGGCGAAGGUGCAGAUCGUGUACGUGGAUCGCCCCGAGGGCGCGGAUCCAGAGGAGUUCCACAUCCGCACCCUCGGCGCCGUCCUCGGCAGUGAGGAGGCUGCGAAGGAGGCUGUGAUCUACCACUACACGCACGCGGCGAGCGGCUUCUCAGCGAAGCUCACUCUGAAGCAGGUCGAGGAAUUGCAGAAGCAAGCAGGUGUUCUUCAGGUGGUGCCGAGCAGGACUUACCAGCUGCAUGGGCCCAGCACCGCCACCCACCGCAUCAGCAUCAUCUGAGCAUCAUCUGAACUAACUAACUCACUAACAAACUAACUACUACUACUACUACUACUACUACUACUAGUAACUCUUUUGUGUUGACUGUUGAUGAAGGGACAUGUAAUAACAUAACAUAACAUUGGGUUAAUAAUAUGAAGUUUGUUAGUUAAUUA